CUUUCCUUUCCUCUCAGUCAUUUAAUACCACUCUUCCGAAGGACGAUUGUGUUCUAUGAUUUGAACUUUUUCUGCCUCUCGAUCAAAUCCAUCCACCCCCAUUGGGCUGCAUACGUCCAAGGUCUCCGGUUUAAUACAGCUUGAAGAUGAUUGUGACGCGCGGAAUAUCAUUGACAAACUUUGUCGUGGCAUCGUCGGCACUCGCAUUCCAAGUCUUUGUCCUGUAUCCAUGGCACAAGCAGCUCGACGACGGGUUCGAGGCCCUUAAGAAAGAGCACCUUCGAGUCUUAAAGUCUCUCGAACAGCUACAACAUGACAGUCGGAAGCAGCUUGACGAACGAUUGGCUUAAAAUAUGGAUGGAUCAUUACGGCAAGAUGUGGCGAUAGAAUAGACGGAUUCGGUUAAUAAAGCACAGCAUAGACACGGCCUCCUUCUCGAUAGUAAUAUCGAGUUACGGAGCCAACGAAAGGUAUAUACUGGGGAUAAUGUACAUGGGUCUCACAAUGAGCUUAUCGAGUGUCUUGUACUUCCCAGACUAUGAGAAACAAUAUAAG